AGUUUACGCGGGAAAAGCAUGACGGCGCGAACGAAUAUUCGGUCUGUUGUAGACAAUUUUAGUGUUUAAAAGUGUUUCUGGAGCUUCUGUGAUGUUAUUGUGGCUGCGGUACCUGAAACAGCUGGAGCUGGCGUGCGCCGGUGCCCCGCCAGGUGGCGCUGUCGACGUCAAAACAAUGUGUGAGGACGAGGAAUGGGGAAACGAGAGCGAGGCGAUGCCAGGAGAACCUCGCACGCCGAGCUCGGGAGGAGAGCGGGCCGCGUCGAGCGGCGGCGCGUCGCCUGCGUCGGCGUCGGGCGGCUCCCCGGCCGCCUCGCCGCCGCGCCUGCGCCUCAACACCAGCCUCGCCACUGACCCCGCGCUGGCGCCCUCAGCCGCGCCCGUCAAACGCGAGCUGCCUUCACCCUCGCCCCCGCUGCCACCGGCAACCACGCAAGCGCAAGCCAGGGACUACCUCGCUCUGACGGCUGCAGCAGCGGCGUUCCCUGCGCUCUUUCCGGUCGCACCGACCGGCUACAUGUGCCAGCCGUGCGGCAUUCGCUAUUCCUCUCUAAGUACACUGCAAGCCCACCAGGAGCAUUACUGCUCCAACAGACGGCCAAAGCCUUCCGAAUCUGUAGAACCGGGCGCUGAUGCCGCAGGAGAUGAAUCCAGUAGCGAUGCGAAGACUCCGAGACGUACAGGAAAGCAAUACGCUUGCACCUACUGCUCUUAUAGCGCUGAUAAGAAAGUCAGCCUUAACAGACAUAUGCGAAUGCAUUCUUCUUCCCCAGUUAGCAGCGGGACUCCUGUCCCGACUCCGACAUCUAACGGGGAAGCUACCGAAGGCCAACCGUCGCCCGACCGGUACUGUGCCGACUGUGAUAUAAGAUUCAGCUCGAUCCAAACUUAUAGAGCUCAUAAAACACACUAUUGCAGCACUAGACAGGUGGUUAAACCUGCUGUGCCUUCAGCUAGAGGAAGUUCAGUAACCUCAGGGUCUGCGCCGCCAUCCCCUGGCGCUACACCACCCGCUCAAAACCAGUAUGCGCUAGCACUGCCGACUAACCCUAUACUCAUCGUCCCGUACUCACUGCUGCGGGGCGCGAGCACUCUUCCGGGAGCAACUCUGCCAGACCCCGACACGCCGUGUUUUUUACUGCCAAACGGCACAUUCCAACCGCUCAGCCGAGCUAUACCAAAUAUGAAUUCAGACGGAAAAGAAGCCGAAGUUUUAAAGUCAGCCAAUAGACCUCGAGACACUUUGAAGGAUGGUGGCACUCCUUUGGAUUUAAGCGUGCGGCGGACUCCUGAAUCAGUGGGUACUGACGAGCAUGAGAAGGAAAACAGACUGCGAUCCGCGACGCCCGAGCAGAUUGUCUGCGCACCCUCGCUCCCGGGGUCUCCCGGCACGCCGUCGCCACAGCGUCGAUCAUCAUCUCCUACCGGAGAGAGCUCACCAAAGCGCCGACGACGAGACUCCAGAGGGCCAACGCCAAAACCCCCAAGCGUUCCCUCCCCGCCCGAGGGAAAGUUCAUUCCCGUGCCACCUGCACUUAUGCCGCCAGCUCUAGCCAUGCGUCUAGCUUCUGACUUGCCGCUGUCGGCCGCUUCUCCCCAAGUUCUAGUCAAGCAAGGUGUCUCUAAAUGCAAAGAAUGCAACAUCGUCUUCUGCAAAUAUGAAAAUUAUCGCGUGCAUAAACAACACUACUGCAACUCAGGCGGGGACGAGCGGGUAUUGAGUCCGGCGCCUCCGGAGCCCGGGCCACCGCCUCAGUACCGCCAGCUGUACUGUUUGGCUUGCGGGAUCCACUUCAGUUCUUUGGACAACUUGGCGACGCAUCAGAGCUUCUACUGCACGAAGCGCGAGACGCGUUCGCCGCGCUCCGUCCCGGAGGCGCCGCGGCCGGCGUCGGGGCGGAGGGGGUGGAAGUGCCCGUGCUGCGACGUGGUGUCGCCGACGGCGGCGGCGGCGCAGCGCCACAUGGAGGCGCACGCGGGCGUCAAGGCCUUCCGCUGCACCAUCUGCCGUUACCGCGGCAACACGCUGCGCGGGAUGCGGACCCACAUACGAAUGCACUUCCCGAAGAAGCCUGCUGACUUGCAGGAGGAAAGCUACAUAGCCUGCGUGAUCGAAGACGACAAUCGCGAGGCAACAUCCCCGGCCCCCGCCGUCGGCGAGCGCGUCCACCGUUGCAGUUCCUGCGCGUACACCUCCACCUAUCGCGGCAACGUGGUCCGCCACGCGCGCCUGGUCCACGCCACCGACGAACCCGAGCCCGAGGAAACCUCCCCCGUCCCCCCCGUCCCCCCCGUCGACAUCAAAAAAGAACCAGAAACAGAAGAAGAAACACCCAACUACUGCAAAUCCUGCGACAUCUCAUUCAAAUACGUCAACACCUAUAAAGCGCAUAAGCAGUUUUACUGCACGGCCAAUAACCAAGAUGCCGCGGCUAAUAACAAUGUGCCAGCAGCGCUGCCAACCGCACGCGUCAACGAAGUGCUUUGAACGUUGCGUUCGAUUUUCAAAAGUGUAGAAUAGACCGGUCAUAGAUAGGUCUUUGAAAUGUAGUGUCAUUAUCAAGUAGCGACUCACUUUUGACGCAAUUACUGUUAAACAGAGAAUUCAAUUUGUACUUAUAUCUCGUUUUAACUUGUAUCAGCGUCUUUCUCUGCAGAGUUGCAACUUGAUUACGCUUGGUUAGAAAUAAGUGAUUGUAUCUAAAACUUUUGGAUCUAGGUAUAUUAUAUCAUGUGCAAUAAUUGAAAUAAUCGAUAUAAUUAUACUGCAUAUCAACGCCAAAUUUGACGGUUUGAAUUAAUUUCUUUGGACGUAACGGCUUAUGUAAAUAGCUCUCAUUAUAUAGUUUUUUUGUUACUGUUAUAUAUAAUUAAAGUUAAUCGUGUAUGUAUUAGUUAACGUUAAAAAUUACCAAAUUGUAAAUAUUAAAAUGUGUAAAGAUAUUAUUACAUCGUAACGAAAUUUUAUUACCAUUUGUUCUAAGCAAUUGUUCUGUUGUUAAUUUUGUUUAAUAUUAUUAUUAAGAAACUGAGUAUUUAAAGACGUACUCAAUACAGGUACAUUACUUACAGUGCUAUAGCUAUCAGUAAACUAAAUAUAAUAAUGGUUUCACCAAAAAUGUGACAUGAACGACACUAAUUUUGAACAAAUCAAGUCAAAGUAAACUUGCAAUAUACCUGUUCAGUAGAACACACCUUCUAUCGUAAAACAAUAAUAAAUUCAGGUACCUACUUACUAUAUCGCGCGUAUCUCACUUUAACGGAUACCUCUCGUUUUUACAGGAUUAUCUUGAUAUAUACCUAAUAAUAUAGUAUAUGUAUGUAUAUUUGUAUGUCUUAUCCCUUAAAUAGUGCAUAUUUGGAUACAAAAAUAAAAUAAAGCAUACUUCACAUCAAUCACGUUACAUUUUUUAGGGAACCACAUACCUACAUACAUAACAUGUAAAUAUCUUUUUAUAGAUACAACCUGAGCUGCAUUUUCAGUUUAGGAACGUACCCCGAACAGUUCCGUUGCACGCAAAACUAUAUUAAAAAAAACCUUUGAAUAAAAUAAGGAAUUAAGAUAAAUACCAUGUUUUGUCAAUGCCAAAGCAUCACUAGCGUAUCUUAUGCAUUUAUAGCUAUCUCACUAAUAUAGUUAUAGAAUAAUAAACACAAGACUUAUCUGUAGAAUUGUAAAUUGUCAAUGUGUUGUCUCGAAAUGUUUACGUUCAGGGUUUUAAAAAGUAACGAAAAGUAUGAUUACUAGCUUUACGAAAAAUAAAACUUGUCUAUGCUACAGUAUAAGAAACCCACCAAACCAAAACCGAGAAUUUAUGAAUAAGCUGGCAAUAUUGGUGGUUAUUCUUUUUUUUUGGAUUUUAUGGCCUGGUUACGAGACCUUUAAGCCAAUGGUGGUUAUUCCCGCAAAUGUCAGUGUUGCCAGUUAUAAAUUGUAAAACUUUAAUCAUCUGUGACAGAACUCAGACAAAAAAAUGUUUUGAUAAUAUAUUUACGGCCAAAAAUAUUAAAAAGACACAUCUCAAGCUAGUAUCAUAUGGUUUCAUUACUUUUAUCAUAAUUAUAUAACCGAAUUUAGUCUACUUCGUUAUUAUCAACCAGAAACUAAAAAUAAGUUUAAAAUCAAAGUAACGUCAAUUUAAAACAAAAGUGUAACCGUUAACUUUUGGAUUUAAACUUAACCAUAAUAAAAGGUUGUCAUUUAAAUCAUAAUCUUCCAUCAAUAUAGUUGGACUGUCAAUAAAUAUUGACUUUGUAUCGAUAUAAGUAAUUUUUGUUUAUUUAUUCUUACUUGACUACCUAAUGAAUUCCCGAAUUUUGUUAUCGUAUUUCAAAUCGUAAAAAAAUGGAUGGAUGUUUCUUCUAUUAGGAUAUAAACAGUUCGUUAGUAAAAAAUAUUUUAAAUUAAUCUAAGAUGAAACAAUUAAAAAACUAAGUUCUUAAGUUAUAGUUAAGAAAAUAACUGAGUCAAGUAAGACUAAAUCAGCAAAAAAAGUACUCUGUUCUUGUAGCUUUGUAAAAACACGUUAUGUACGUUGACGUGCAGCCUGGCAAAAAAAGAGUAGCAAAUAAUAGGGGCGCCACCGUCUAUGUAAAUCCUUUUGCAUAUGGCAACUAUUUGGACACCUUUCAAUGAGCAGUUAA